AUGGAUCAAAUUCAAGUCGGCGAUUCAAACUCCGGCGGAGGAAAUGGCCGGAAGGAUGAGAUUGUUUCUCGAUUCGAUACUUUGCCGGAAGAUUGUAUCUCGAUGGUGAUUUCUCACACUAGUCCGCGCGAUGCGUGUGUCGUGGCUUCGGUUUCGAAAACUGUUAAAUCGGCGGCUCAAUCGGAUUUGGUCUGGGAGACGUUUCUUCCGCCGGAGCAUUCGUCGUCUCUUGCUCCUCGAUCGCUGAAUCUACCGUCGAAAAAAGCGAUUUACAUGUCUCUCGCUGACGAUUCCGUUUUGAUCGAUGACGGCAAAAAGAGCUUUUGGUUGGAGAAAUCUAGUGGAAAGAAGUGUUACAUGUUAUCAGCGAUGGAUUUAACGAUCAUUUGGGGAGAUUCUCCUGCUUAUUGGCAAUGGAUCACAGUUCCUGAGUCUAAGUUUGAGAAAGUAGCAGAGCUUCAUAACGUGUGUUGGUUCGAGAUACGUGGCAAGAUAAGCAGCAGAAUGCUAUCGAAAGGAACGCAUUACUCGGUGUACGCGGUGUUCAAGAGAGCAAGCCAUAGAUCACACGGGUUUGAUCACACACCUGUGGAAGCUGAAAUUGGGUUUGUAGGGAAAGAAGCUACCAAGAAGUUUGUGUUUCUGGAAGCCGGAGGUACGGAUCCGCGCGGCGGUUAUCGUUACUCUGGAGUUUCGCACGGAGCGGUUUCUAGAGCGUUUAGGACGGGGCGUCCGUGGAUGCGGUUUCCGAGGGAGGAAGAAGGUGAGUCGGCUGAGAGUGGGGUUGGUAGGAGUGUGGAGGAGCCGAAGGAGAGAGGAGAUGGGUGGAGUGAAGUUGAGCUUGGGAAGAUUUACAUGAGCGAUGUGGGUUGUGAUGAUGGUGAUGAGAUUGAGAUUGCUUUGAUGGAGACUAAGAUGGGACAUUGGAAGAGUGGUUUGGUUAUUCAGGGGAUUGAGUUCAGGCCUGUGAAAGAAGGAGAGAUUAGGGUUACGAAAUGA